UGUGGGUGCUGUGGGUCCAGCAAACCUUCCCUGGCUCCUUCUCCUUGGCUGGCUCCUCUGCCUGUGGCAUAUGGCAAACGAGGCCCUAGCUGGGCUGUUUGGGGGCCCCCCCAACAUUUGCCAAGUGAAAUCUUGCUUGGUUUCCUCAGAGCCUCCCUGAAGCUCUGUGGCCUUCUGUAGCAGCAGACCUCAGAUGACUUGGCUGUUUUAUUUCCUACACUGCAGGGAGGAUGUUCUGGUACAACGUGACAGUGCUUGUGAAAAUGGAUUUUAGUGAAUUGAUCCGAGUGGAUUCCCACCUUCUGAAUCAUUCCCGCCUUUUGCAUUCCGUGAUCACUGGUGCAUUGCAGCCCUUGAAUGCCUCUGUGCACCACAUCCAGAGUAACCAUGGGGACAUCUACGCUGGGACAGUGGCCUCCCAGCUUCUCCUGGGCAUGCAGCAUCCAGCUCCUCUGGCAGAGGUUUCCUCCUCCCUGAAGGCCAUGGUGAAGUGUGUGUAUGAAGUGAUUGACACACAAGUGCAAGAUGUCAAUGAAUGCUCCUAUGCUGAAUUCAAUGCUUGCCCUGAGAAAAGCAGCUGUGUAAACCUGGAGGGUUAUUACAGCUGCCAGCCCCAGCAUGAACAUGCCACUGUCAUCCCUCACUGGCUGAGUCCAAGGAAGGAAGGCAUUGCAGCAUCUACUCCAAGUUCAGUAAAUGCUGUUAACACUGGCAGUAGCUCUGCUUCUCUAAGGAAAUCAAGUCUCUUGUCCAUAACCAACCAAUCUACAGAUGCUGGGUGCUAUCCCUCUGCAGUUACAAACCAUCAAAUCCUCAGCGUUACCAGCAACAGCUUUGAAAUGUCCUGGCUUGUCAGCUCCACUCUGAACCACACUUUCCAAGUCCGGGUGGCCAAGGGCAAUGAAACUGUGCAAAACCUGAAGACAGAGGAAAUGCAGGUGGAUGUGUCUCACCUGGAAGCAGGUGUGAUGUAUUCAGUAGAGAUCAGCUAUGAAACUUGUGGAAAAACCAUUAUCUCCCAUCAAAAUGUUAAAACAGAGGCCAAGAUAUUUGAUGUUACUAUGAGGAUUCUCAACUACAACUUCACUGAUGAUUUCCAUAAUUCCAGCAGCUCAGCAUAUGAGGAAUUUUCAAGGCUGUUGCUUACAGAGCUUGAAAAUUCAUUCCCACCCAACAUUUCUGCCUUGUACAAAUCUGGGAAGCUGAAAGUGCAGAUUGAAUCCCUGGGAGCAGGAAGCAUCAUUGUGAGGCUCAGAAUCACCGUGCAGGAUCCCGAGUUUCCAGUGGAUGCCUCCACAUUUGCCCCAGUGCUUUCCUACCUGCACAAUGGCUCUGUGCUAGAGGUGGAUCAGCAAAACACUGCAGUAGAAGACUGGGAUGAGUGUGCUUCCCAAGCUGAGAAUGACUGCUCAGUGUUUGCAGAGUGCAUCAAUUUGAUGGGCUCCUACAUGUGCAGGUGCAAGACAACCAUGGAUACCAAUCCAUCCCGACCUGGAAGAAACUGUGAAGGUGAGAAAAAGGCUGGCAUGAAGGUGAAGAAAUCUCUGCCCCUUGAGGUGCUCCAGCAGAUGGAUGCUGGCCUGAUUAAAGUGCUGGUAGCUGGUGUUACUAAUGCGAGGGAGCACAGUGUAGAGCAGGUUAAAAGAACAAAAGGAACUGGUUUCCUGCCAGUAACUGUGAGUUUCCUCCUAAGAGUUUGCUUUUGCCUAAUGAGACCAAUCUCAACAUGCAAAUUACAACAGUACCUUUAUUUUUGGCACUCUUCAGCACUUCCCUUCAGCCAGAAGGCAACAGUGACAGAUGAGAAACCUGUGAACAGCAUAGUUUUACCUGUGACAUCUCUGCAAACUUCAGCUCAUGUUUCCUCCCCUGCUUCACUGGACUUCUCUCCUGCUGAGCACAAAGCUCAGGAGGAUGCCAUGUCCUCCAGCACAGUGCUGAGUCCUCUCACCAUGGAUCCUGUGGCAACUCCUGAUGUUUCUCCUCGACCAUCUCCAGCCCCCCUGGUCAAACCCACCCAAGAGGUUUCCAUUAAAGACACUAUGAGUGUGUUUUGUGAGAUUGAGAGGAUUGUCCUUGCCAUCCAGAAGAGGUUCUUGCUGCAGGAGUCUAUCCCAGAGAGUUCCCUGUUCCUGGGGGAGCCUGGCUGCAAUGUGAGCACCAGCAAUGGCACCCACGUUGUGCUGCAGGCGGGCUGGAGUGACUGUGGCACCCAGGUUGAUACCAACAUGACUACUACAGUGGUGAGAACCACCCUUCGGAAUGACGUUUCUACUCAGGGAAUAAUCCACCACUUGAACAUUACCAGUCCCAUCCACUGCGUGUUUCAAAAUGAUGUCUUGACUUCCUCUGGGUACACUGCAGAAGGACUUUACACCAUCUUUGAGGAUUUGCAUGGAUCUGGAUACUUCAGAACAGAAAUGCAGUUGUUUAUUGGAAACUCCCCAGUCCUCAGAAAUUUCAGCAUCUCUGCCAGCGAGGAUGUGCUGAUCGAGGUGGGGAUGCAGAGGGCAGACAGCCAGCUCAAGGUGGUUCUCACUGACUGCUGGGCCACUCCAACCAAUAAUUCAAUGGAUCCCCUGUCAUUUGUUUUUAUCAGCAACAGCUGUCCCAUCCCAAAUACUUACACCAUGCUGCUGGAAAAUGGGAAUUCAAGCAAAGCUCAGUUUAAGAUGAAAAUUUUUUCCUUUGUCAACAACUCUGUGGUUUACUUACACUGCAGAAUUCGUAUUUGUAUGGAGUCACCAGGAAGCACCUGCAGGACUAGGUGCCAUGCGAGGGCUCGGCUCCUGAAGGCUGGAGAAACCAUCGCCCUGCAGAGAGCAUCCUGGGGACCCCUGUGUAAAUCAGCUGCAUCUGAUUCCAAGAGAGAGAAGGAGGCUGGAAUGGGAAUUGGAUACAUCAUCCUCAUAGCCCUUGCUGUGUUUGGUUUUGUGCUGGGAGUUGUGACCCUUCUCAUUUUCCAGUACCAGCGAAAGACAGGGAGAUACAACCUCAGGAUCAAGUCUGACAACUUCAGCUACCAAGUGUUCUAUGAUUAGUGGUUCACAGGUUACCACAUUGGAAUCAUAUCUCAUCACAUGGAGAACUGAAGUUUGUCUUCACUCAACAUUUGGCUUUCCUUGCUCUACACAUCACUGACUCUUUCAAAUUAUUGUAAUAUAAAAAAGCUUCUAUACCCCCUUUUUCCCCAGUAUCUCUUUUUUUCUUAGCAAUCUUGUUCUUCCCUGGUAUCCUAAGAACUCUCUGUGACAACAGCUCCAGGUUGAAGUGAAUUUUGGCAGUUUUUCCACUGAUAAAAUAGAAGGGAAGAAAACAAAGACAUCUGGAUCUCUCUUCAAGUUUCAAGAUCUGGUUUUCUCACUGUGACAUAUCACUAUGUGCUCAUCUUAGCAUCACUUGUGCCAGUCAUAUUGACAAGCUGCAUGUUUCCAUUGAUAUUCAAGGAAGUAAAUCAGCAAACCCUCAGAGAGAUCUCUUUUUCAUUUUGUAAUUUGCUGUUUACUCAGGGUGAGGUUGAAACUUUGAGCUGCAACAGCGAUGAAGAGCUAAUUGUGCAACGCCUUAAGCAUACAGAAGCUGGGGAACCAGCAUUGGAUUUGCCACCAAGUAAGGAAAAGCCACUGUGGAUCUGGGGCUCAACCUACUCAGGGUUUUCUUCAGCAUGAGUUUUUGAAUUUGAUUCCUUCUGUAAUUGACAAGGUUUCAGUGGAAAAGAAAGAAAAAACAAAAAAAGAAAUUAUUUUUGUUGCUGGCAGCCCAUGUUUUUCCAGAUAAAUCAAUUGGUCCCUGUGUGUUCAGCUCAAUUAGACCCUAAUGAUUGUGCAGUCAAGCCACACACUGCUGCCCACCUAAGUGAGAGCUCUCCAAUUGCAGAUGAAGAGUUCUAAAUUUGACCUGAAUUUUGUCUGGCUGCACAAUCAUCAGUGCAGCAGCACAGGCUCAAUUUACACAGUCCAUUGGGUACAACAACAGUCUGGUCAGCUGGAUAAACUGGAGCAAAAAUCUCUUUAUGCAGUCAGCAUCCCCUGCAGGGCUCUUUCCUGGGCUGCUCUUCUGUCCUGCCCCAAAUCUCCUCCUCAGUGAGUGUUGGAAGAUGGGAGGUGAAGAGGUGUCAGUAACUUGUCCCACCAGCCCUGGGUUCUGUUUGCUGCAGUCACUCCUACACAGUGAUAAUCUGCUGUGCCUGGGUCACAUCCAACUUAGUAACUUAUAAAUAAAUUCCUCCUUAAGCUCAAUGGACACCAUUAUAAAUAACUCUUAGUGGAAAAUGGUCCUUAGCUUGAAGUCAUGAAUGUUUCUAAGUAGUCAUAGCACUGUGGUGCUGAUUUUUGGGUACAGAAAAGCAUAGGAAAGUGGCUUUUCAAUCCUCCUAGUCCAAUUUCCACUAGGUAGUAAGAUUACUGGAUAAAAGGCUUCCACAUUUUGCAAGAGGUUGAACUGAUUGAUUUUAGAAAUCAUUUAUAUCAAUAAAUAUCAGAUUAAUCAUUGAAUUCUGCUUUAGAUUCAAGUAACUCUGUAAAGGACUAAGACACUUUGACUUGUCUUUUCCUUAUGGAAGUAAGAGUUACCAGAUCCUGAUCUAAAAAAACCCAAAAUAAUUACAACCAUUUAGUUGUAAGUGGUGAAACUAUAAAUUAUCUUUGCAGUCUUAAUCUGAUGAACAUGGAAUCAUAGAAUGGUUUGGGUUGGAAGGGACCUUAAAGACCACCUAGCUCCAAGUCCCUGCCAUGGGCAGGACCACCUUCCACUGUCCCAGGGUGCUCAGCCUGCCCUUGGACACUUCCAGGGAUGGGGAGUCCACAACUUCUUUGGACAACAACAUAACCAGUAGCUCUUCUUGUGUAGGAGUCUCUUAACUUUUGCUCAGUUGGCUGACAAAUGUGAAAUGUGUUUGCCUUCUGCACUCAGUGACAGGAUCAGCUAUUUUACUAUAAAUAUUUUUCUAGAUUUUAGUACUUACAAUCCUGAACUUCUCAGAGGUGACAGGAUUAGAGAUCUGCCUGUUGAUUUUGGUGGAGCUAUGCCAUUUUCAAAAGCUGAGCACUACUCCUCAGGAUGAAAUGUCAAGCAGUAGCUUGUAUUUGAUACCUUGCAUGCUCAGCAGAAACUGUUAUUUGUGACUGAGUCUGUUUAUAGGAAUUUUGGUAUCUUAAUAAAAGCAGCCUUGUAACUUA